AUGGGCAAGACCGGACAGAGUACAGUGGACUUAAACUCCCCGAGUGACGUCAAGCAAGCGGUUCCCUUUGAGGAAAUGGAGCACGCGGCGCCCCCUGUGGACCAAGGGAAGCAAAAAGAGGAACCCCCUGACCGAGGCAGCUGGAAGGGCAAGUUUGACUUUCUGCUGUCGUGCGUGGGGUACGCCAUCGGCUUGGGGAACGUCUGGAGGUUCCCGUAUUUGUGUGGCAAAAAUGGUGGAGGAGCGUUUUUGAUCCCGUAUUUCCUGACUCUGGUGUUUGCUGGGAUACCGCUCUUCCUGCUGGAGACAUCUCUGGGACAGUUCACUUCAGUGGGAGGUCUGGGGGUGUGGAAGCUCCUGCCGAUGAUGAAGGGUGUGGGUCUGGCCGCAGUGGUUCUGUCCUUCUGGCUCAACAUCUACUACAUCAUUAUCAUAGCCUGGGCUCUCUACUAUUUGUUCAACUCCUUUAGUUCAGAGUUGCCCUGGCAAAACUGCGACAAUCCUUGGAACACCGACAAGUGUUUUUGCAACUACAGCCUGACGGACACCACCAACCUGACAAGCGCCGUCACAGAGUUUUGGGAGCGUAACAUGCACCAGCUGUCCAGCGGCCUGGAGGAGCCUGGGGAGAUCCGUUGGCCCCUGGUGGGCACCCUGGCGCUCGCCUGGGUCCUCGUCUACUUUUCAAUAUGGAAGGGAGUGGAAUGGACGGGGAAGGUGGUGUAUUUCUCAGCUACCUAUCCUUACUUCAUGCUCUUCAUCCUGUUCUUCCGAGGGGUCACCCUACCCGGAGCCAUCGACGGUAUCCGUUUCUACAUCACUCCAGACUUUAAUAAGCUCAUCAGCUCAGAGGUGUGGCUGGAUGCCGCCACUCAAAUCUUUUUCUCCUACGGCCUGGGUCUUGGCUCACUCAUUGCACUGGGGAGCUACAACAACUACAAUAAUGAUGUCUACAAGGACUCCAUCAUCGUGUGUUGCAUCAACUCCUUCACCAGCAUGUUUGCAGGCUUUGUUAUCUUCUCCAUUGUGGGUUUCAUGUCGUACAUCACCAAGAAGCCAGUUCAUGAGCUCGCCGCUUCGGGUCCCGGUUUGGCGUUUUUGGCGUACCCUCAGGCGGUUACGCAGCUGCCCAUGUCGUCCCUGUGGGCCAUCCUCUUCUUCUCCAUGCUAAUGAUGUUGGGCUUGGACAGCCAGUUUUGCACAGUGGAAGGUUUCAUCACAGCUCUGAUGGACGAGUAUCCCUUAUUACUAAGGAAGCGGAAGAAGGUGUUCAUCCUGAUUGUCUGCUUUGUGUCCUUCAUCAUUGGGUUCUCUAACGUCACACAGGGCGGCUUGUACGUCUUCAAGCUGUUUGACUACUACUCGGCUAGCGGAAUGUGCCUCCUUUACCUCGUCUUUUUUGAAACCUUCUCCAUCGCCUGGCUCUACGGAGCCGAGAGGUUCUACAAGGACAUCGAGGACAUGAUCGGUUACCGACCCUGCAUUUGGUGGAAGCUCUGCUGGAAGUUUUUCACGCCGCUCAUCUGCCUGGGUGUGUUUACCUUCAGCGCUGUGGAGAUGACACCCCUUACUCUGGGCAACUACGUUUAUCCCGUGUGGGGCCAAACCAUCGGCUGGUUCAUGGCCUUUUCUUCUAUGGUGCUGAUCCCGGGCUACGUCGUCUACAUGCUGUACAUCACACCUGGGAGCAUCAAGGAGCGCUGGAAGAGGAUGACGGCGGCGCAGCAGGAAGACAAACCGAAGGGUCACGAUGUUUUUAAGCACACUGGGAAUGUUGGUGAAGCCCUCGUCUAG